AUGGCCAAGUUUCUUCAAACCCUAAUUCCCCUCUUCCUCGUCCUCGUCCUCGCAAACACUGCACGAUCACAGUCGGUAACGCAGUCCUUCAACUACACCUUCAACGACGGAGUGAAGCCGGCCACCUUAACCUACCAAGGCAACACCCACAUCCGUGCGGACUCGACCUACCUCCAGCUCACCGCCACCAGACCUGACGGCGAAGCCGUCCUAAACAACGUCGGCCGGGCCAUGCACUCCGUGCCGUUCACAUUCGGCGACAUGCCCGGGUGGUCGGACGCCGACUUCACAACCACCGUGAAAUUCUUCAUCCGACCAAACACGGGCGCCACCGCGGCCGCGGAAGGCCUCGCCUUCUUCAUCGCCCCGGUGGGGUCCCAGAUCCCGAGUGCCUCCUUUGGCGAGAACCUCGGGAUCUACGAGUACAUAGGGUACACGCCCAACCUCUUUGCAGUAGAAUUCGACAUAUACCCGAACCCGGAAGUGGACCCGGAGGGGCCCCACGUGGGGAUCAACUUCGAGUCGAUUAGGUCCGAUACGGCCACGAUUAUCCCCGAGGGGCUGGUCGGGGAGGAGGUCACCGCCGACAUCAGCUACGUCGCCGCCACAAAGACGAUCACCGUCGUCGUCGUCACCGCCGGCGGGAGGAGGACUGAGGUGAGUAAGGUUUAUGACUUGAAGAGCCUUCUACAGGCGAGAGUUCAAGUAGGACUCUCUGCCUCCACUGGGGUUUUUGUCGCCCGCCAUGAAGUCAUCUCCUGGGAUUUCACCAUCACCAGAACCGCCGCCGCCGCCGCCCGUAUCCGCAAGGUUGCUUGA